ACGAGAGCAUCCCAGCCAGGCAGACAGACAUUCCCUGGCGCCUCAAGCAGAUGUUGGAUAUCCUGGUGUACGAGGAAAAGCAGCACCCAGCGGGGGAGACAGGGCCAUGCCUCGAGUACCUCCUCCAGCACAAGCUCCUGGAGACACUGGGCACACUGGGAAAGGCAGAGUAUCCUCCUGGGAUGAGGCAGCAGGUUCUCCUCUUCUUCAGCCGAGUGCUGGGGCAGGUACAGCACCCACUCCUGCACUACCUCAACGUCCACAGACCAGUGCAGAAGCUGCUCCAGCUCAGCAGUGACCACCUGGGCUCCAGUACAGAGAAGGAGGAGGUGCAGUUUGCUGCUGUGCUCUGCACCAAGAUCCAGCAGGAUCCAAGCCUGUUGCCAUAUAUCCUGGAGGGAAAAAAGAGCAUCCGGGAUAGAGGGAGAGCCCAGGAGCUGCCAGACAGCCCUGGGGAAGAGGGUGUGGAGCAUUCCCCAGGCACCACUGCCAGCUCCUCCCCACCACGGAAGGACAGCAACCUGGUCACCUCCUUGGUGGGGCUGUGCAGGAGCAAGAAGAGCCGAGUUGCACUGAAGGCUCAGGAGAACCUGCUGCUGCUCACAGGGCUGGCCCAGGAGGCUGCUGCUGCCUGCCUGGUGCGGAGCAGUGCCCUGUGCCAGCUGCUGACAGGGCACCUCUGUGACCUCUACAGCGCCGUGCCCGCAGGCACCGACCCUGCUGACAUCCUCGCCAUGGACAGGGCCAGCUGGAGGUCGCAGGGGGAUGCUGCCAGUGAGGGUGUUUUCCCAGGGAAGGAGAGCUUGGCUGCCUUCCUGGGCUGGCUGGACUAUCUCGAUGAGCUGGUGAUGGGUGCCCACCCGCUUGUGGCUGAUGCCAUCACCAAGGCUGUGGAGGAGAAGUUUUUCCAGGGCAUCCUGCAGCCGCAGCUCCUGCAGAUGUCAGAGCUCGCUGUGCUCAGCGCCACAGCCCUGCUGACAGUGACAGUGAGACAGAUCCGAGCUCCUGCCCUGCUCCACUGCCUCGUCCUCUUCCUGCUGGGGCCACACAGGCACCCCGAGACCCCAGGGGACACCCCCCACCCCCUGCGCUCACAGCUCAUCGACCGCUGCAACCACCUCUCU